AUGGCACGCUCCUCCGUCCAGCCUGUCCUCACCACCUCCGCCUACUACGCCCCCGGCGUCAUCUCGCCCGCAGGCAAACUGCUACACGUCUCGGGCCAGACAGGCACCAUCGACGGCCAUGCGCCCUCCGACUACAACUCCCAGAUCCACCUCGCGCUGGUCAACCUCCACCGCGUGAUCACCGCCGUGGGCGCCACCCCCCGCGACGUCGUCAAGCUGACCCUCUACAUCGUCAACUACGACCCCAACAACCGGCUGCACACCCGCCCCGUCCAGACAUGGCUGGCCGGUCACCGUCCUGCCAUGUCCCUCGUCCCCGUCCCCAAACUGGCCCACCCGGACUGGCUGUUCGAGAUCGAGGCCACCGUCGCCGUGCCGGACGCCCUGUCGGUGCCUGCCUCCCUCUCCCCGGCCGUGGAUGAGGAGACCGACGUGCUGGUCAUCGGAGCCGGUCUGUCCGGUCUGAUGGCCGCCGAGACGGUCCUCCAGGCCGGACACCGCUGCAUCGUGCUGGAGGGUCGCGAUCGCGUCGGCGGAAAGACAUGGACGUGUCCGCUGCCCAGUGGAAACGGCGUGGUCGAUCUGGGCGCUGCCUGGAUCAACGAUACCAACCAGACCAUGAUGACCGAGUUGGCUCGGCGGGCAGGUGCUGAUCUGAUCGAGCAGAACACCGUGGGCAAUUGUACAGAAGCCACUCCUACGCGCCAAAUCGAAGCCAUCCGCGACACCGCCGAAGCAGACUGCCAGGCCGUGGACUGCAGCCGACCCCGCGACGCCAGCCUGGACUCCAUGUCCUUCCUGGCAUACCUACACUCACGCAACGCCACACCCGCCGCGGUAUCCAACGCCUCCGUCUGGACGCGCGCCAUGCUCGGCCAGGAACCCCAAGACAUCUCGGCCCUGUACUUCCUGAACUACUGCAGGUCCGGCGGCGGACUGCUGCAGAUGCGAUCGGACCGCAAGCACGGCGCGCAGUACCUGCGGGUGCGCCAGGGCACACAGAUCUUCGCGAAGACCAUCGCCGCCGCGCUGCCCGCGGGGACUAUCCGGCUGGGCCAGCGCGUCACGGCCAUCACGCAGACGGAGCGCGGAUCCGCCCUGGUCGAGGCGAAUGGCCGGCUCAUCCGCGCCCGCAAGGUCAUCUGCUCCGUGCCCACCCCGGUAUUGAAGUCCAUCCGCUUCGAGCCCCCCCUGCCACCCCAGAAACAGCUGCUGGUCGACUCGUUCCGGUACGGGUAUUAUACCAAGAUGAUGCUCUCGUUCCGGACGGCGUGGUGGGUCGAGCGCGGGUUCUGUGGGCUGGCGCAGUCGUUCCAGGGCCCCGCGUCCAUCUAUCGCGACACGAGUGUCCCGGCGGAGGGGAAGUGGAUUCUCACGGCGUUUCUGGCGGGCGAUGUCGGACGCGAGUGGUCCAAGCUGGCGCAGCAUGAUCGCGAGCAGGCGCUGCUGAAGCAGCUCGGCGAGAUGUAUGGCGUGCCGGGGGUGCCGGGGGUGCCGGCGGGCGAGUUCCUCGAGGCGUUAGGGCACGAGUGGUCGGGCGAGGAGCUGUCGGGCUGGGGCUGUCCCUGUCCGGCGCUGCCGCCGGGGGUGUUGAGUGCGGCGGGCGAGGCGCUGCGGGAGCCGUUCCGCGAGGUGCAUUUCGUGGGGACGGAGACGGCGGAGGAGUGGAAGGGGUAUAUGGAGGGGGCGGUGCGCAGUGGACGCAGGGGAGGGCUGGAGGCUGUCAAGUGGCUGGGACGGAGCGGUUUGUAG